AACCCAGCAACAAGCAUGUUUGUUGUGACAGAGAAGCACGUGAGGCCGCUUGUCACCCAGCACACACUACUGACCAACGGCAGAGCCGCACCCUGUACAAGGAUCACCUCAUGCAGACUCGCCCCUCCCCGUGCACUCGCUGACCGCGGGUCACGUGACCAGGAAAGGGCGGUAGCUAGCUACGUCACAGGGUCUGGUGACCAUUACGUCACUGCCCGGAAGGAGGCGGUGAGACUGGGAAGACAGGUUGAGUCGUCGGUUUUCCGCUGCUAUCCGAGGAUGAAGGUCUCCUGUGAGGCCGGAGCUCAGGGCUCUCUGGGCCGCGCCUGGAAGCAGAUGUCGUGGCUGUAUUACCAGUACCUGCUGGUGACCGCUCUGUACAUGCUGGAGCCGUGGGAGAGGACUAUCUUCAACUCCAUGUUGGUCUCAAUCAUUGGAAUGGCUUUGUAUACAGGAUAUAUUUUUAUGCCGCAGCACAUUCUCGCAAUUUUACACUACUUUGAGAUUGUUCAGUGACACAAAGGGGACUUCCAUGGCAAGGCCUAUAAGGACAGAGCGUCAGUCUUGGGCAUUAUUGGUGUCAGACUGAAACAGAGAAGUUGGCAUUGCCAUGUCAUGCUAAGAAGACGCCAAGAUUGGAUCAGUGUAAUAAAACUGCCAUAGACCUUCUCCUAUUGGCACGGUCAAUUGACGCUCUUUAAAGUUCAUCCUGCUGGUCCCACUACUCGAGAGCACUGCUGAACAAUGCUAUUCUGGCAGAGCUGAGAGCAGUAUUUUCUGUGUCACAUGUUUUGUUGAAAGCAGUAGAUAUUUUAAUAUUGCCCUGUAAAUUUAUUUUUAGUUUAACUUUUGGUUUAUUUUUACAGUCCAUUAUUUUUUUUCUUAUGGUCUCACUGGUACAUAUGUUGUAACACAAGUUUGUACACAAUUUUGUUAAUUAUGGAGGAAAACCAAACACAGGACCUCUGUGCAGUUCUAUGCUAAAAGUAAUAUUUUGUCUACCUGUUCUUAAACUAUUUUUAUGUGUCCCCCCCCCCCCUCACCCUUUUAACAUAAAUUGAAUGUCAGCUGUACUUUCAUGUUUGUUA